GAACAGUAUAAUAGAAUACAUCAAUUGUAAAUCUUCUUUUUUUUUUGCACAAUAUAUUGCAUUUCGUGAUUUAAAUCAAUUGUUUUAUUGAUCAAGAAAAGAUUGUGUAUUUAAAUUAUGGUACUAUGGAGAAACGUGACUUCUGGAUUCAAUUUAAAGCAGCUUCUUCUACGAAGGAUACCAAUCUUGGCAUGGAUACCUCAAUAUAGUUCGUCCAAACUUCUACAAGACAUCUUGGCAGGAUUGACUGUUGGUUUGACUGCUAUACCACAGGGUAUAGCUUAUGCAAUUGUAGCCGGACUUCCAGCUCAGUACGGCCUGUACAGCAGUUUCAUGGGAUGCUUCGUCUACUUGGUGUUCGGUAGCUGCAAAGAUAUCACCGUGGGACCUACGGCAAUAAUGGCUUUACUGUCGCAACAGCAUGUUAUAAGACUCGGAGAAGAUAUUGCGGUACUUUUGUGCUUCCUGGCUGGCUGCGUGAUAUUGCUUAUGGGGUUGCUCCACUUGGGAUUUCUUGUAGAGUUUGUUAGUAUGCCAGUGAUAUCUGGAUUCACCAAUGCCGCUGCCAUAAUAAUUGGAACAUCUCAGUUGGGCACAUUGCUCGGCUUAAGUGGCAGAAGCGAUUCGUUCAUCGAUGCAAUUGCUAAAGUUGUCAAUCAUUUCGAUAAAAUUACCUUUUGGGAUCCCUUGUUAGGAAUUUGUUCCAUGAUCCUACUCGUCUGCCUCAAAAAACUACCUGGAAAGAAGACAGGCACAGUGACUGAAAAAUUCAUGUGGGUCACAUCGCUGGCCAGGAACGCUGUGGUCGUCAUCUUUGGAAUAAUAUUAAAUUAUUCCUUAUUCUCUUAUGGCAUUAAAAUCUUUAAAAGUACUGGGAACAUAACAGAAGGUCUACCGUCCUUUGCACCACCAUCAUUUUCCCUUGUAAAGGGAAACCAUACAUAUCAUUUCGAGGAAUUAAUCGGUGAACUAGGAAGCACCGUCAUUUCAGUCCCGUUAAUUGCAAUUUUGGAAAGCAUUGCUAUUGCCAAAGCCUUUGCCAAAGGGAAAACCGUUGACGCUAAUCAAGAGAUGCUAGCUUUAGGACUUUGUAACAUUUUUGGAAGCUUUUCUCGAUCAAUGCCAACCACAGGAAGCUUCACAAGGACCGCUGUAAACAACGCCUCGGGCGUAAAAACACCAAUGGGCGGUGUAAUUACCGGAUGCCUGGUGCUUCUAGCGUGUGGCCUCCUGACUUCGACUUUCGAAUUCAUCCCUAAAGCAACGCUCGCUGCGGUGAUCAUAGUUGCCAUGUACUAUAUGCUGGAGCCUCAUAUUUUCGUCGUGCUCUGGAGGACGAAAAAGAUCGACUUGAUACCUUUGACGGUGACUUUGUCGAGCUGCUUGGCAAUUGGUCCAGAAUACGGUAUGAUUGCCGGGAUCCUGGUAAAUCUAAUUCUCCUGCUCUAUUUCGCGGCCAGGCCUGGAUUAUUGAUCGAGGAACGUGUUGUCGAUGGUGCGACGAUCCUGUUUGUAUCGCCGAAACAAUCAUUGAGCUAUCCAGCCGCCGAAUACCUUCGUGAAAGCGUCAUGUCGUGGUGUGACACAAGGGAAGGAACGAUUCCCGUGGUAGUGGAAGGUCGUCACGUGCUCAGAAUCGAUGCAACCGUGGCCAAGAACCUAUCUUUGCUUCUCGCCGACUUGGAGGCAAGGGAUCAGAGGCUGGUCUUUUGGAAUUGGUGCGAGGAAGUCAAGAGAACGUUGAUAAGCUACGACGCUUCCCUCCACACGUCCUUCAAAAGUUCCGGCAGCAUAGGGCAAAUAUUUUCACCUAGAAACGCGCCACGCGAGUAAAAAUAACGAAUUUUUAAUAAACGGAGAGAGGACCAAUAAUCUGACCAAUAAU